GUAUUUCCGAGUUUUCCGAAGAAAGAGAGAGAGAAGAAGAAGAAGAAGAUGGCCUCUUCCUUUUCUUUUCCUUCUCUCAUUCUCUUUCUCUCCCUUCUCUUCUCCUCCUCAUCCGCGCAAACGCCAUUCAGAGGGCUAUGGUUAUGGUCGGUACCUUUUCGGCCCGAUUACUGCUAGGUACAGGCCUUAGGGAAUUAGGGCUGGACUAGGUUGAAUACUUGGCCCGAUCCAUUGUUACCCCCAUUUUGGAUUCGUGGCCUAUCCGUGUGGAGUGGUUGAAAAUGCCGGCUUGUAGUAGGAAUGGUCAUUUGUAAUGGUGAAUCUUCUUUGUACAGACAUUCCACCCGGUUAUUAAAGUGGGCAAUCCUGUACUACACUUCCUUCCACCCCCCCUUGUUGGACAUUCAUCUCAAGGUUCUAAAGAUAUUGUAUCAUGUGAGCGUGUGCAUGUUGUUGGUUUCUCAAGGUUUAAUAUUAUUAGCUAUGCCAAUUCAUUUCGGGUUACUUUGAAGCCUUCGGAUGGAAUACCGGAAAUACUUCGUAGCAAAAUUGAGGUUUGCUUUCACCGGAAUGCUUCUUUAGGAUUAUGUCAAUGUGCAAAGGAUGAUUGGAAGAAUAUACAAAAGGGGCCAUGGAGCAGUGUCAUGUCACCUUAUGAGGAUGGAUAUGUUGAUGUUAAGUUUAAGGAUGGACUAUCUGGUUCUGUUACCAUUCUUCUUGAAGAAGAGUUUCAACAAUGGCGCCUCUUUUGCCUUGGUUUUGGGUUUGCUUUGCUGCUACUUGCACCACAUGUCAGCAGUUGGGUUCCAUUUUAUUAUAGCAGUUCCAUGGCUCUUGGAGUGUUGCUCGUUGUCUUGAUCAUUUUGUUUCAGGGAAUGAAGUUAUUACCGACUGGCAGGAAGAAUGUCUUUUACCUUACUAUAUAUGGAUCAGUGAUUGGGGUUGGGUCUUUUCUUGUACACUACUUCUCAGUGCUGGUCAAUUCGAUUCUUACAAAUUUUGGGAUCAGUGAAGAUAUGCAUAACGCUGUUUCUGUAUUUGUUAUAUUAGGUAUUUUUCUUGCAGGAGCAGCACUAGGGUACUGGAUUGUGCGGAAAUUUGUCCUUUUAGAAGAUGGUAGUGUGGAUGCGGGUACAGCGCAAUUUGUGAAGUGGUCACUGCGUGUUGUUGCUGCUGUUUCAAUUUCUCAGAGCACCCUUGAUCCUCUUUUGGGCAUGGCUGCAUUGUGUACUUGUUGGGGUAACUCCUUUCUUCUCACUUCCAAGAAGUGGCGAGGCCAAACGUCGAAGCAGCUGGCACAUCCUGUGGAAGGAAAUAUGUGGCAAUGGAAGGCUAAUCAGGCACAUGUGAAUAAUAUCCGUGCUGAAUUCCUGAGCAGAUCACCUAAGAUGGGCAACGGGAGGACUGCUUGGGACAACCCAAAAAGUCCAUAUGCUUGGUCUGAUUCUCCCACCAAAGGGUUGAUCACAUCAUCGCCCAGUAAGGUUAAGAUAGAUCAGCAGGACUUCUACUCGACCUUCCAUAAGACACCCACACGAAAGCAGUUCUCAAAGAAAGAGUGGGAGGACUUCACUCACGAAUCAACGAGGCAAGCUAUGGCCCAAUGGGCCUCCAGUCCAGAGUUUGCUGAAUGGAUGAUCGAGCAUGCAGGCCGUAUCAAAGUCCUUCCCGAUGAAAGCUCGGACGAUAGCAUGGCAAGUGGGUCAGAUUCAUCAGAAGAGACCGUUGCGGAGGAGACGGUUAGUGGGCUUAGCUUCUUCAAGUGGUCCUAGACAAUGUUGUUGUGGGCACACCCUUGUGGAAAGAUUAUAACAUGAAAGGAAAUGAGCAUUAGUGUAGUUUGGUCUUUAUCUUUUUUCAUAUUGAAGAGCAUAUUCUUAAAGUGCCGUAGAAUUCGGCAAUUUUGUUAAAUCUAGUUUCUAAUACUGGUCUUUUAGGCUCUGUUUGUGUAGGGAUUCUGCAAAUUUGUAAUUAGCGGCCUUUAAAAAAAAAAAAAACUUUCAAAAUUGCAUUUAUGCGGAGGAAAGUGCCGUUUUAGUGUGGCAGAUCUGACGUUGACGGCAUGGGGCCUGCCACAAUCAGGAUUAAGCUUAACCCAGAUUUCUUAGGAUGCCAAGAGGAUUUUACUUUUCAGUGGAAGUUUGAAAGGUUGUUUGUGUACUAUAUCUGUUGUGAAAGAAUACUGGAAACUUUUCAGUGGAAGUUUGAAAUGUUGUUUAUGUAA